AAUGGACGCAACUCAGUCUUCAUGUGCCUACGGUAAUUAUGGAAAAACUGCCAAUGUUGGUCCGGAGAGAACAAGAUCAUCUUGCAGUAAGCUAAAGAGAAUAAGGUUUAGUCCUACUCAACUAAGAGCGUUGGAAACUGUGUUCGCGGAAACACAAUAUCCCGACGCCGCAAUUAUCUCAGCUUUGGCUGGUCGUAUGAACAUACCAAUGGAAAAGAUUUGUACGUGGUUUCAAAAUAGAAGAUCUAGAUUUCGCAAAGAGUCGAAGAAUGGCCAUAUUGAAAUGAUGAGAAGGCAAGUUUUCGCUACAAAUUCAAAUAACAACAGCCAACACGUUCUAAGUCCUCCACCACUUCCACCACAACCGAAUUCAGCGAUUCCAGACACUUCUCCACAAGCUCAACAACAAAGUUGCAUGUACUCUCAAUUACAAGUUCCAGCUUAUGAUACUCCGAACGUUACCGGUGCUAAUUAUUCAACAGUCUAUCCGUAUUAA